AUGAGGACCACAGAGAGGAAUGAAGAACACAUAGAAAUGCUAUCAAAAGAUGACAUUCACCAAAUGGACAUGCAUCAGAGGACAAAGGAAUUUGAUAAGACUUCACCGAAAACAUCACUACCUAUCUUUGUGAGAGAAAUCUCAUCCAUGAAAGUAAAGAGGGGAGAGAUGACAGACUUUAAAUGCCGUUUCCGGGGAGACCCUCAACCAACUGUCACUUGGCUCAAAGAUGACCAUCCAAUCAGUCAAAACCCAGACUUUGAUGUUCUCAUCAAAUUGAAUGAAACCACAUUAACCAUCUACUAUCCGACUAUAUACCAUGAGGGGACAUUUAGUUGUGUUAUCACUAAUACAUUUGGAAAGUCAACCUCCUCUGCCACACUUGAAGUUACUGAGAGUGAGCAAUUAAGAAAAUCACCAUCGCCGGUGGCCUCGCGUAAAGUGAAAGUGACAACAGAUUAUGAAAUGAGUGAAGAAGAUGUUGACCAAAUGAUUGACGAGGAACUUGAAUCAUACAUAGACGUUGAAACGGAUGAGAAAUCCUUUCUACAGGUGCCUCAGGCUGUCUUGUACAGACCUCGUGCUUCAGACUCACAAUAUUCUACUUCUAAUGUCGAGAUCAGGAUCACUGCGCCAACACCAGUCCCAUUCGAAAUGAUUGAAAAAGACACAGAGAUGUCUGAGGACGAUGGCAGUUCCCAUCCUAUGAAACACAAAUUCACAUUCUCCUAUGAUCCGAGUGAUGCCGCUAAGGUAGUCAGUCAAUCUGAGAACAUAAGCACUUCAGAAGACCAAACCAGUAAGGUUGAAAGCAGUUCUGAUGUGUACUUCCAACCAGCUGUUGCUAUUGCUGGAUCAUCUGAGGUAGAAGCAGCUAUGGCUGGUGAAUGGGAACAAUAUAUACUAUCUGGAAAUUCAGAAGAUUUGAGGCAGUCCCCUCUGAGUGAUACUGGUGAUAUUACUGACCAGGCAUUGAUGAUGACUUUGGACAGAACUUUAGGUUCUCACAGCCUUAACAAGACUGUUCCAAAAGUAACUAAACCAAAGCAAAGUGUUUCAAAAGAAGCACCUACUGUUACUGGGUGUGGUCGUCAAUCAUCUGCUGCAGUAGUCGAAACAUCACAUAUUAAGCAGGCCUUUGAGACACCUGUGUUGUCAGAGGCACCUGCAUUGUCAGAUACCACUGUUCAUGAAGUGAAAAAGUCCACAGAGUCAUAUUUCCCUGAGGAUAUCCCAGAAGUCUCAAUCCAUCCCGAACAGGAUGAUAUGUCAUUGGUAACUAAUGUUGUGGAAGGAACUCCACUGCAGGCCAAACAAGACACUAUAUUAGUAGAAGGUAGUUAUACACACAUUUCGAGAGAAAGGUCCAUUUCCUCCAAAAGUGGACCAGAGGUUGUCUUACUAGAAGGUAGUAAUACACAAAUCUCGACCAAAGCGAAGACAGUCUCUCCAAAAAGUGCCCCUGAGCAUGGCCAGACCAUGUCUACUACUCAGGAGGAAGACAAGGAAAUCUGUAUGAUUUCAGGAGAAACUAUUGUGGAAGCUGGCGUAAUUGACACCCAUGGUGACCUAAAACACUUUGUUCCCCUCUCAAGUGUAGCAGAGGUGCAGGAGUCACCAAAACUGGUCAGACCUAAGGCAGUAAGGACUAGCCCUUCUCCAGAAAGUAUAGGACCUGGUGUGAUAGAUGAAAGUAUGAAAGAGGACAGUGAAAGUGCAUUUGUUAGUACUGGCAGUAGCUUCCUUCCUUGUGAGAAAGUCCCAGUGUCGGAGACCCCAGAUGAUGUUUCAGCGUCAGUUGGUUAUGAGGUUGUAAAGUCAAACAGAUUCUCUGGCUCAUUUGCUGCUCCAGAAGUUCAGAGAUUAGACACUGAGUCUUCUGAUCGCGAGGACAUGACUCAUAUGAAUGAAAAUAUGUCUAUCUUUGAACGCUCAAAGGGUAGCGCAUUUGUCAGUGUUAGUGGGGCACGUAGUGAAAUUGUUAGUGAAAAAACUGCAGAGGAAAACGAGGAACAUGCUGAUGCUGAGAGUGGUGAGCCUUCAGAUGUUUCAAAAUCAGGGAGUAUUAAGUUCAAAGAAGAUGGUUUUACAGAUGAUCUUGCUGCACAAGGUUCACAACAGCAAGCAGAGGCUAAACCAGACAGUGCUUAUCUAAGUACGGCUUACAGUCAAAGUGCUACAGGUUUGACCUCACUUGAAGAGGAGGCAGUGACCUUCAGUGCUGUUUAUGACUACUACAACCCACCAACUGAGUGGGGCAGACCCCUAUCACCAGAGUCGGAGAUGUCCAUUGAGUGUGGUAGCACAUUUAGUGAGGAAUUAACAGAAAUUGAGCGGUUCUAUACGCCAGCUUCUUCAACUGAAAUUUCGCAGCUCCCGAAAUCUCCCGAAUCUUUCCACACUCCUGAAACUGAAACUCCAGCAGGUUAUAUGACCCCUAAUGAGUAUGCCUUCUCUCCUCUUGAACAUAAAAGAACAUCUACUGACUUCAGUGAGAGGUUAUUUUCUCCUGCUAAGUUCUUGAGGUCACCUGAUGAUGAGGGCAUUGAGACAACUCCACCUGCAUUUAGCUUAGAGGAAGGAAUCUUCCUCUCAGAGCGUGCCCUUGGCCUUGGAGGACUACAGGAAAAAGUCCAGGGAAUCCCUCCAGCUUUCCUCAAACCUCUCACCAAAAGGAGAGUUUUUGAACAAGAUUCGUUAUCGUUUUACGCUGAGGUAUUUGGGUUGCCUUCACCUGAAGUGAAGUGGUUUAGAAACAAGACCCAGCUUGUUGCAGAUGAAAGGAUUACAAUGGAUAGAGAUGGUGACAAUAUCACACUUUUUAUUCAAAACAUUACGAAAGCUGAUCAAGGUGAAUAUAUUUGCGAAGCUGUUAACUAUGUAGGAGAGGCAAAAAGCGUUGCACUAGUUGUAGUUAUAUCCAACGAGGCCAGAUAUAUGCCCCCACCACCAGCAGUCACCCACCAGCAUGUGAUGGAGUUUGAUGUUGAGGAAGAUGAUGACUCAUCGAGGUCUUGCUCCCCUCAGGAGAUUCUAUUAGAGGUGGAGCUGGAUGAAAAUGAGGUUAAAGAGUUUGAGAGACAGGUGAAGAUAAUUACCGUCCCAGAAUACACCGCUGACAAUAAAAGUAUGAUAAUAUCACUCGAUGUUCUCCCGAGUAUGUACGAGGAGAGCGGAGUUGACUUUAUAACGCAAGAAAGGGAUGAUUUGAAAAUAGCUUUUGAGGUUACAGAAAUGCCACCACGCUUCAUCAACCCAAUUUGUGAUAUGGAAACCCCCGAAAAUACAACAGUAAUGUUUGAGUGUUCUCUGAUGGGAAUUCCCUCUCCCAUAGUAUCAUGGUUUAAAGGUAACAAAAAGAUCCCUCACGAUAACAAGAAAUACUUGUACUCAUCUGAUGGAGACAAUCAUUUCCUAAAGAUCAGGAAAACCAACGCUCAUGAUAGUGGAAUAUACACCUGCAGGGCCAUCAAUGUGGUUGGGGAAACUCUUUGCAGGGCAUCUCUUCUUGUGUUGAAUCCUAAAAGCUUUAUAGGGAAAACAAGAGGGAGAGAAUUGACAGCUGUGUCUCUUGGUAGUGCUAAAGUUCAGCCUCAAAAGUUUGACUUGGUUGUUGGGAAUGAGUUUGACGGUGAGCAGGCAUCAGAAAUAGAGCUGGAAUUUGAAUUUGAACAGGAAGCUGAUGAAUCACAAAAGGCUGUUAGACUCGUAGCCAUGACAGACAAUGAGAUGAGCGAGCAGGGAGAGAAAUAUGUCAGUAUAAAUUUUGAUGUUUUCGCAGAGCCCGCCAAAGAUGAUAAAAUAGAAUUCAAAGGAAAGUCAUCGGAAUUGUGUAGUUUCCAGUUUCAAAUGACUGAAACUCCACCAAAAUGCAUUGUUCCUUUGACAAACGUCACUGCAGCAGUGGGAACUCCAGUGGUCCUCCAGUGUUUAGUUAAUGGUAAACCUCAUCCCACUGCUGAAUGGUACAAAGACGGGGAUCCAGUGAAAGAAACUAGGUACAUGAUCCAAGAGAAAGCAUCUGGACAUUUUAAUUUGAUCAUAACAAAUGUCACUAAAAAUGAUGCUGGAGAGUACAAGUGUCUCAUCCAAAAUAAAUCUGGAUAUACUGAAACAACUGCUUUGUUGAAAGUGUUCUAAUCUCUUCAUGUAAUUUGUUUUCAUGUGGAUGUUGAACUCAAUUAAGCAAUUGUACGUUCGAAAAGUAGCUUUUGUUAAUUAUUCUGAGAUACACGCGAAAGGUUUUCUGAAAUUAGGUGUAGAUCUUAUUUAUUGUGUAUAGUGUGUAAUUACUUCACACAUAAGAGUAAUUAUAAAUGUUAUAUAAUCAUGUUUGGUAUGUUUGAAUGUUGAAUGUUUGCUUUUCAAAAUAGUAGAACCAAAGUUAAUGCUUAUAGUUUUAUUUAACGUGACAACGCGUAUGAAUACUUAACACCCAUGUGUAAUCAAAACAUUGUUAUCAAGACAUUCGUGUUAGGCCCAAAAUGUCCAAUGUUUUAAUAUUUCAAAUUAAUCAUAUAAUUGAAUAUAUAGUCAUACAUAAUAUAACAAAUAGAAACAACUCUGGGACUUAUCUAAUUGAUCAGUGGGGAUUUCUCGGACCCAGAUCAAGCGUACUCCUGAACGAAAAAUCAUGCUCAAUGGAGAACUGGGGAUCCAAUUCCCAGUGUGGAGUGUUGAAGUUGGAAUUUACAUUAGGGUAAACAGCAUGACUGUCCAACCCAGCACCUUUGUUAUAGUUUUUAUUUUGUGGCCGAAAUUGAGGUGAGGUGCGUAAAGCAGUGUGGUAAAAAUAAUAAUUACGGUUCAUAUUCUGCUGGUCUAUCGCGCGUGCACUGAUGUCAGGAAAAACAGUGGGCGUUGUUUUCAGUAACGUUGUUGUUGUAAUAUCCCAAACGGAUGUGGCAGUUUCACCAUUAAGGGUUCCAGCUUUAAGAAGUGAAUGUAAAAUUAUCAAUUAUCAAUGCAACCAUGAUAGUUCCAUCUUAACAUGAUGCUGUACAAUAAGUGAUGUGCAGAAUUUAAACAUUUUCUUUGUGAAUGAGUUUCUGAUAAUAUUUUGGUUAUUUUGGUUAAUGAUUUAAAAAAUAUAUAUAUUGUAUACAAAAACAUGCAAUAUCUAACACAAUUGUAAUCUAAUAUUGAAUGUACUAUUGUAGAGUUUAUUUUUUCAUUAGGUCUACAGUGGCAAAGUACAUCCAUUCAAAAUAAAGCCUUGGGGUUGGCUGUAAAAUUACAUUUUUAAAAAGGAUAUGUUCAUUAUAUACAUUAUAUAUGCUGUAAAUAUGUGUUUCACUGUAUGUUUGAGGCAAUUGUAUUCUUAAUGAAUACUGUAUAUUUGGGGCUUAUAAAAUAUUUACCAAUUUGACUGAUCUCAAAAAAGUAUGACAGAGUAUUCAUUUGGAAAUGGGAGUAAUUCAAAUUCAUGAGUUGUUUGUACAGAAAUCACUUCAGUUUGUCUCUAAAAGUGUUUAUUUAUGUAUAAAUAAAAUAGUUAUAUACUGAUG